AUGACGCCAGAGCAGGAGUGCCAGGAGGGUAUUCACAAGAUUGCAGAGAUGAUCACCGGCAAAUGCGGCCUGCUGUUCACAGACAAGCUCCCGGCUGACGUGGAGCGCUUCUUCGCGGAUUACCGGCCAAGCGAUUACGCUCGGUGUGGAUCUGUAGCCACCGAGACCGUCACAUUAAAGAAGGGCGUCGAUGCACUGGCCAAGUUGCCACACUCCAUCGAGGACGGCGGCGGUGCAGGGGAGGAAGAGAGGAGGUUGAGGGUGCGCAGUUCGUGA